GGCCUCACUUUUCUUCGCAAAAUCGUCGGACCGCCCCAAAUUGGCUAACGACACCGCCGUCCACCGCCAUCUCCGUCACAAUGGAGGAAGAAAAGGCGGCGGCUUACUACGACGAGCUCUCUCGGAAAGGAGAGGGCGCCGCUAAAUUCAAGCAAGGCCUCGGCUUCUCUGCCGCCUCCAAUUCAAACGACGCCGUUCCUUCCCGAGGCUCCGCCCUCCCUUCCGCCGCCUCUUCAUUUCUCAGUAACUUCGUCAGAGCCUCGAGCCCCUACAAAAAUGCCGAGCUAGAGAAGCAAGCUCAGCUCCACUCCAUCCAGAACAAGCUCAAGAAGAAACCGAGAGAAGAAGACAAGACCGUUUCUUCUUCUAGGGUUUCCAAAGAUCGGGAUAGCCGUAACCGUGAUGAUCGGCACUCGCACAGGAGGAAUAGGAGUAGAAGCCGAGAGAGGCAUUCUAAGCAUCGGAGCCGGAGCAAAGAUAGAGGCAGAGAUAGGCAUUCGAGGCGUCGAAGCCGCAGCCGAGAUGAUUAUAGUCCGAAGCGUAGAUUUAGGUCUAGAAGUACAAGUAGAGAUAGGAAGAGGUCAAGUAGCGGUUCAGAUGAAGAGAGGGACAGGAGAAAGAACAGGAGUGUAGAUCGAAGAUCGGAGAAGAGGCAUAAAGUUGGAAAGGGCAGAAAUUCCGGUGCUGAUUAUGCCACAGUGAUUGAAGGUUAUGACAAAAUGACUCCAGCUGAAAGAGUUAAAGCCAAAAUGAAAUUACAGCUUUCUGAAACCGCUGAGAGAGAUGAGUCAAAGGGUGGCAUGGGUUCUGGAUGGGAGCGUUUUGACUUUGACAAGGAUGCUCCUCUGGAUGAUGAGGAGAUUGAAGCUGCAGAAGAUGAUGCAGUGAUAGUCAAGCGCAUCGGCCAAACCUUUCGGUUUUCAUCAAUGGAGGCUAGAAGGGAAGAACAAAUCAAGGCUGCUCAUGAUGAGGCUAUUUUUGGUGCUCCGCAUCCUCCUCUUCAUGAAGAGACUAUUUAUGGAACUUCUUCACAUGCACCUUUCAUUGACAGGGAUGAUGAAACAGAAGCAAAGAGAGUCGAAACUAGUACCACCGAAAGUGGCCCUUUGACAAGUCUCAUCAGUGAUCAGGUGCGGACAAUGCAACAAGGCUCUUGGCGCGAUCGUGCACGUAAGGCAUAAUUUAAAUAUAGUUUGGUGACUGUUGGGAAAAGCCAACACAGUCACUAUGCCAUUGAGGCGAUGACAGUUUGAUGAGAAGAACUCUUUUUACCAGUAUGGUUUAAUUGUGGAAUACCUUAAUGCUAUUUUUGUAAAAAGGAUAUAUAGUGGUAUGUAUAUUUAGCUGAGAAAGAGCAUUUCUUUUUCCUUGCAGUUGUUGAGGCUAAUGUUUGAAAUGAAUUGGUCAUUGUUAUACGGAGUAAUUCUUAUUACUAUUUGAAUAACAUUUAAUUGAUCAUA